CGAAAGCCGGCCGGGCGGCUCCUCACACGCCGCCGGGGCCUCUUCCUCCUCGGCCGCCGGAGCGUCUCCCUUUCCCGCCGCUGAGCUGGAAACCUCAAGCCUUGCCAGCAUUCCUGAAACACGAGGCAGUUGCCACAUUGGGGAACAGUGCUCAGAAGACCCACAAAUGAUAUGAGACAUGAGUGUUGGACGCAGAAGAUUAAAGUUGCUGGGAAUUCUGAUGAUGGUAAACUUCUUUAUAUAUGUUAUCGUGGAAGUCUCAAAGAGCACUGGCCAAGAGAAGAAUUCCAAAGGACAUGUUGUAGUACCUCACAAGAAGUUUUGGAGGAAGUAUACUCCUCACAAGGCAUACUGGAAUAAACAGCAGCAGAAGCUGGAACGAGUCUACAAUCCCAUUUUGGCAUUGCUUUCCAAUAUGACUCCAGAAGAAAAUUUAUCAUCUAAUGGUAGCUUUUUGAAUUCCUGUGACCCUGAUCCCUUUGUAGCUUCAGAAGUUACUGGCUUUGCGGAUUUGCCUGAUAGGUUUAAAGACUUCUUAUAUUACCUGAGAUGUAGAAACUAUUCAUUAUUAGUGGAUCAGCCCCACAAGUGCAAACGCAAACCUUUUCUGCUUCUGGCUAUCAAAUCGCUCAUACCACAUUUUGACAGGAGACAGGCAAUUCGUGAGUCUUGGGGGAAAGAAAUUAGAUCUGGAGAUGUAACUGUUGUCAGAGUCUUUUUAUUGGGAGAGACCCCUCCAGAGGAUAAUUAUCCAAAUCUCUCAGAUAUGCUCAAAUUUGAGAGUGAAACCCACCAAGACAUUCUUCUGUGGAACUAUAGAGAUACUUUCUUCAACUUGACUCUGAAAGAAGUGCUAUUUCUGAAAUGGGUCAGUAACACCUGCCCGGAUGCCCAGUUUAUUUUUAAGGGAGAUGAUGAUGUUUUUGUGAAUACCCAUCAGAUCCUGGAUUACUUGAAAAGUUUAACCAAGGAUAAAGCCAAAGACUUAUUCAUAGGGGAUGUGAUUAAAGAUGCUGGACCUCAUCGUGAAAAGAAACUGAAAUAUUAUAUUCCAGAAAGUAUUUAUGAAGGCUCUUAUCCUCCAUAUGCAGGAGGGGGUGGGUUUCUCUAUUCUGGUGAUCUGGCACUAAGGUUAACCAAUGCAUCUGACCAGGUCCUUCUCUAUCCUAUAGAUGAUGUGUAUACUGGAAUGUGCCUUCAGAAACUUGGGCUUGCUCCAGAAAAACACAAAGGCUUCAGGACAUUUGACAUUGAAGAAAAACACAGAAAUAACAUUUGUUCCUACACAAAUCUCAUGUUAGUUCACAGCAGGAAGCCUCAAGAAAUGAUUAAAAUUUGGACACACUUGCAGGAUCCACAUUUAAGUUGUUGAGCCUCUUGUAUGGGAGUGUGUUACAUCCAAAAGCUCUUUCUAGAUUGGAUUUAAAUUUCUCAGUGAAACAAGUAACACUGUCCUCAACUGGUGGCUUGUUUUGCAAAUCAAAAUCAGCUAUAAACAAUUUGUCCAGUACUUCAAAAAGUGAGAGUCCAUCACAUUUUGAGGAUAUGGCAUGGAGAUAGUCCUUAAUCUUUCUACUGUCAAAUUCCAGUACUUCACAUAAUAAAACACUUAACAAUUAAUAGCCUUUUGAAGUUGUGAUUAUUUGGCCCCUGUAAUAUUUAAAGUCUGUGUCUCCUGGUAGUAGAAGCCAUACAGUUCUUUUUCUGCAGUUGAAAUACCUUUGUUGUAAAUUCAGGGAAGUAACUUCUACAUGGAUGAAGCCCUGACUUUCCUUUUCUCUCCACACCAUGCUUAUCCCACUGCUGAACAGUAUUCAAUUAAAUGUGAUGGGACAUUUGUGAAGUCUUUGUGAUAGUACGUGUAAAAGUUUGAGUGAUCCAUCUACUUUUUUCAGAGAAGCCACACUACUUAAAGCUUGACGUAUAAUUUCGGAGGACAAGUUUGUUCUUUUUUUUUUUUUAAUGGAGUGGGCUAAUGGACAAACACUUUCACCUGCAUCAGGACUUUCACUUAGUAGGCUUGAUGCUCAGUUGUUGUCUUUGCUGAUAGAGUUAUUUGGACAGUUUGAUUUGAUUCACUAAACUCAUAUGAAACUGCUUUAUCGAUUCAGAAAGGUUGCAGGCGAGACUUUAAACUGGUUGCAUUGAUUUUUGAGAUGCCAAGUGUUUGAAGCCUGAAAUUGCAAAGAGGGCAAGGGGGGGGGGGGAAUCUCACUGAUCCAGAACUCCUGUUUGCCAUAUCUUCAUGCGUGUCAUAUCAGACAAGUACCCAGAACAGUGACUGCUUUCUUUAUGUAGAAGUGCCUGUAUUUAUUGUUCAAACUGAAGACCAAAACACUUUCUUAAAAAUAUUUUGUGUAACAAUUUAUUUGUAUAGUGUUUGUCAAGUCAUAUUUAAAUAGAAAUACUAUUUUAAAUGUGUUGAGAUGUUAGGUAUUAAAUAAAAGUUAAUUGUUUUUGAAUCUGGAAAAAAUGUAAUUUAAGUAAUGCUUUGUGUACGUCCCAGAGUUGUGUAGCAAUUCACUCUGUAACAAACUGUGUUAGGAGCAUGUUGGAGCUUACAUUUACUAGAGUACUCUUAUGGCCUAAUCUGACCAGCUGUAUGAGCAGCAAAGCUUAUAAAUGCGGAUGUUCCUUUUGUCCGUUAGCAUACUAGUGCGGUUCCUGUUACUGUAUUGCUAUGCGAGCAAGGUGUGAUCAGACUGCAGCACUGGAUGACAUUUUGUGCUGGCAAGCCCCUCUGCUCCUCUUGGGUGAAGCAGUGCUGCCUUGGAACCCUUUUUACAAGGGAUGGUUAAUGGCCUAGUGAGGUGCCGUUCUGGUGGUAGGUUGCUAAAGAGGCACUUUUUAUAGUUGCUUUGUUGCUAAAGGUGACACAGGCAGCUACACUUUUAAAAGCACACAUAAUGCUUUUCUCUUGCUAUCCAAAGGAUUAGAGCAAUGGCAUCCCACCACACUCAUAAAAGUUUAAUGGACAUGGACCUACCUAUAUUGUUUUUCUCAUUGUUGCAUCCAAAAUGGUGUUUGAAGGGAAACCAGUUAAAAUCGUUCCAUCCGGUUAAAAUCAUGCCAUCCCACUGAUACAGUUGCAUGCUCACAUCAGCAAGGGAAAUGUACUUUUCCAUAUAAUUUUGUACGUAUGGACAUCUUUUCUCUUUUGUCUUAUUUUUCUGUAUUAAAUUUCUUUUUUUGCAGAUGCUCCAGUGCUUAUUUGCUUCCUAAAGCUCCAUAUUACCUGAGGUCUCUAAAUUUUAUGAAGAGAUAAAAAUCAUUUUGUUUGAACUCUAUUUUUGUAAGUAAAAUAAAAUUAUCUUUUUGAAUUCUAAGUUCAGUGUGUUGCUGCCAGAUCUGGUUAGGAACUGUCAGAAAUUUUUCUGUAAUGUUCUAGAACUUUGAUUUUUUGACAUCAGUUUUAUUAGAAAAUUUCUGCCAUUGCAAACUCAGAAUAUAUGUCAUUUCAUUAGCAUUAUUUUAUGGUGGUUAAUAUUGCUAGGUGUUACACAAAUUAAAACGGAAGGCAAUUGCAGCAGUGCAGUCUAAAUAAGACAGAGAUAGGAGAUUAUAAGGGGCAAGAAGGGAGUUUCUUCCCUACUAGGGUCGAAAAAACAUUACUGUGCAAUUUAAAUAGCAAACAACCAAAGCAGAUGGUUGUGGAAUGAAGCAUAAUUUGAGAUCUCUGUAGUUUUCAAGGUUUUUUUCGGAUGGCCAAUAUAGCUGUUGGUUUGUCUAUACGGGUGAACUUCAUUCAUAUGGUUUUCCAAAACAAUAAAAUGAUAUCUUGAAAAAUAUUGGAGUGUUGGUUAAU